CAGUUGAAUGAACCACCAAGAAACUGCAGAAUGAGACGUGGAGGAAGUAAAGCAACAACAGACUCAUGGCCGCAGUAACGUGAGGUGGCGGCCGAGAUGGAGGAAACUGACUUUCAUGAUAUUUUAGACGACUGGUUUAUCGAGUCCCUGAAAACGUACAAAGAUCUUCAUGUGUAUCAGCUGGAACAUCCCACCCAGGUCAUCGAGUGGACGUCAGGGAAGACCGUGUGUGUCGCAGGAUACACUUCGUCUAAAAAUGAGAUUUUGGAGCUGCGUUUGCCUCUGAAACUCUUCGCGGAUGAAAAUAAGGGUCUCUGUGCAGAACGGGAUUUCAAAGUUGUCAACGGUGGAUUGACAGACGGUCCUGUUCGCUGCCUCAGACACGUCCCGGGAACCAGGUGUGUUGUUACCAACGAUGGGCUGAGCUCAGACCUGCAGGUGUGGGACCUCGGAGGAGACGACAGCGAUGUGAUCAGGAGAACAGGAAGUAUUGAGGGGAGGAGGAGUGUUUCAGAGGGAGGCAGCAGGAUCGCAGCUCGACUCUCGUCACAGCCACAAGUUCUUCAUGGAGCUCAGAGCAGCGACGUCCGGCUGACUCAGCUGACCUCGGGACAGACUUUAUAUAAACUAGAGACCGACUCAGCAGAUCCUCUCAGUUCCUUACAUUUUGUGAGCGACGCAGUCUUCCUCGCCGGCUGCUGUAGCGGGAACGUUUACAUCGCCGACACUCGGACGUCUGCCGCUCCUCAGCUUUCACCUCCACCUGCGUCUUCAGGUGAAUCCGUCCUCUGGUGGACGGACGCCUCCGCGGGUCCGUCCAGCUGCAGGCUCGUCAGACUCUCCUCGUCUGGACGGGCGGCGAUUUCAGACCUGAGGAACCUGGGAGGAGCUGUGAGUCAGGCUCAGCUGGACGUCCAGACACGUCGCUGCGACCUGGACGACGUCAGAGUGUCGUGGGCUCCGAAGCUGGACGGCUGUAUCGCAGUGUCGGGUUUCAGUGGAGCGGUUCAGAUCCACAACACAGCGGUCUGGAGGACGGAGCCGCAGGAAGCUCAGCCGCUGUUCGAGCACCGUGGUCACGCAGUUUCAGCACAGUCCGACGACGGCGUCUUCGUCACCUCCCACGUCUGGCACCCAGAACGGCCGCGGACGCUUCUGUCUGCGGGCUCGGACGGCUCCGUCCACGUGUGGGAUUGGGUCGACCAAUCGGCCGCCAGCUGCUGACGGUCCGACACCAGGGUCACAGCAAAGAUCUGGUCAACGUGAGAAGAGGAUGAAAGGAGCUGAUGUGGAUUCAUCUCUCACUGAAACCACAAAAACAAAGUAACUGUUGAUUUUAGCAGAUCAAAACCUCCCUGUGGAUUCCACUACGGCCUCCAUUUUUCGGGAUGAAAGUGGAAUAUAAUGUGGAACUUGUUUCUGUGCCCAAAAAACAAUCAUGUCAAAAAUAGAUGAGAGAACAUCUUCAGUAAACAAACAGAACUUUAUAAAUUGCUGUUCCUGGUAACUGUUCUGAUUUAAAUACAAAUUAAGUCCGAUGUCUACUGGUUUUUGUAUUCACUGAUGAAAUAUUUUAAUUCCAGAGGCAACGGGAAGAUUUUAAAGUGUUACCUCUGGUAUCAAGCCGUGCUGAUAAUUUAGAAAUAUUUUUGCCUUUUUAAUAGUUAGUAGUGGAGACAAUGUAUUUGGCCGUCCCGGCAUGCUGCUAGUUACGCAGCGACAAGAGGGUAAACUCUGAUUAUCAGCUGAUUCAGUGUCAUACCUGCUGCCAUUUAACAAACAGCAGCAGGUUGUGGAGCUACAACUUUAACUUUCAGAUGUUUGUCAUGAACAAACAUUGACUAUAUAAUACUAGAGAAAUCAAAUACUAAAUAAUGGUCAAUCGUUAGCCAGCUUAAAUUUAAUUAUGAGAACUGUCUGAUUUACUCCACAUAAAAUACCUUAUUUAUUCGAUCCUCUGUCAUUUUGGUGAGACGUCUCCGCAGUCGGAUCAUUUCACAUCUGUGCGUCCUGACCCUGGUGCCCCAACUCAGAGACUACUGCUCCUGCAAAGAGAAGAUGCAGUUGAGUUUUUGCUAUAUUUCAAUUAUCUAAGGAGCAUGAAAGAAGUUGCAUUGUAUUAGGGUCAAGGCAGACAACAGGGGAUAGUGAGAAAAUCUGUUUUGGAAAUUGGGUGACCCUUUAAAAUCCAAAGCCUGAAAACAUCUGUGAUGCAGCAAUAACGGACUCUGUGAUUUGAAAUAAAAGAACUUCUCCAUCAGAGAACAAUGAGUGAAGUGUGACCCUGGCUCAUCAAACACGAGGACUACAGCAGAGUUCAGGUCCAGGUCCGACGAGGUUUUAGGAGAUUUUCUGGAGGUAAUAAUGACGGUCGCGUGUUUUAGUUUACAGAAAUAAAACAUUACAAACGUG